AUGGAUGCUCUUAUUCCAAUUCUGAAUAAACUUCAAGAUGUAUUCAAUACAGUCGGAUCGGAAACUAUUCAAUUGCCACAGAUUGUCGUCGUUGGUUCACAAAGUGCUGGUAAAAGUUCAGUAAUCGAAAAUAUCGUUGGACGAGAUUUUCUACCGCGUGGAAUUGGUAUUGUAACACGUCGACCAUUAACACUUCAGCUUGUCUAUACGCCUGCUGAAGAUAAAGAAAUUCGAUGUCAACAUUUAGGAAUUCCGGUACCAAAUCAGAAUGAAUUUGCUUUAUUUGCACAUCAAAAAGACAAAAUCUACACGGAUUUCAACGAAAUUCGUCAGGAAAUCGAAGCUGAAACUGAGCGACUUGGCGGGAAAAAAAAUAUUUCCAAAGAACCAAUCACCUUAAAAAUAUACUCACCGAAAGUCGUCACAUUGACACUCAUUGAUUUACCUGGAAUCACAAAGAUACCGGUGGAAGACCAACCAGCUGAUAUUGAACAACAAGUUCGAGACCUUAUUCUACACUAUAUUUCAAAUCCUAAUGCAAUUAUUCUGGCUAUUACACCUGCCAAUAUCGAUUUUUCCACGUCCGAGGCAGUAAAAUUCGCUAAAGAAGUGGAUCCCGAGGGACGGCGAACAUUAGCUGUGUUGACAAAACUUGAUCUAAUGGAUCGCGGAACUGAUGCUUACGACGUACUAUGCGGACGAAUUAUUCCUGUUAAGCUAGGUAUUAUCGGUGUAAUCAAUCGUAGCCAGGAAGAUAUUCUUCAGAAAAAACCAAUUGAAGAAGCACUUCGAUAUGAAUCUGCGUUUCUUCAAAAGACUUAUCCAUCAAUCGCUAAUCGUAAUGGUACACCAUUUCUCGCCAAAACAUUGAAUCGAUUACUCAUGCAUCAUAUUCGUGAUUGUUUGCCAUCAUUGAAAGCUCGAAUGAAUCAAAUGGUCUCGCAUUUUCAGACAUUAGUCAAUUCAUUCGGUGAACCCAUUGAAGACAAAGGGCGACUUUUGUUGCAAAUCAUCACAAAAUUUGCUUCGAAUUAUUGUGCAACUAUCGAAGGUACUGCGAAAAACAUCGAAGUAUCAGAAUUGUGUGGCGGAGCAAGAAUUUGCUAUAUUUUUCAUGAAACAUUUGCACGUGCUCUCGAAUCGAUUAAUCCAAUGGAUAAUUUAACGAAAUUUGAUAUUUUAACGGCUAUACGCAAUGCAAAUGGUUCAAGACCAGCUCUUUUCGUUCCUGAAAUAUCUUUCGAAUUGUUAGUCAAACGUCAAAUAAAACGUCUCGAAGAUCCGAGUUUACGUUGCGUUGAAUUGGUUCACGAGGAAUUACAAAGAAUCAUUCAACAUUGUGGUGCUCAGCAGGAAUUCAUUCGUUUUCCACGUUUACAUGAAAAGAUCGUUGAUGUUGUCGCCCAAUUACUGCGUCGUCGACUACCUGAAACAAAUCGCAUGGUAGAGAAUCUUGUUGGGAUUGAAUUAGCAUAUAUUAAUACAAAGCAUCCUGAUUUUCACGAAGCUGGAAUUAUACACAAAGCGUUAACUGGAGAAGAUACGACGCUGACUGCAUCAAAACAAGAUAAUCGAAUGACUGAUGAAACGACGUUAGGUAGAUCAAAUCCAUCGAAUCAAGUACUAACUCAACGCAAUGGACCAGUGGCCAACGGCAUACAAUCACCAACACAUUCAUCACAUGUUGUAAACAGUUCUCCCAUCAUGGCACCACUCGGCGAUGGAACAACUAUCAACACUCGAAAACUUUCACAACGUGAACAACGUGACUGCGACGUAAUUGAACGACUUAUUCGUUCGUAUUUUUUCAUCGUUCGCAAAAACAUCCAAGACAGUGUACCCAAAGCUAUCAUGCACUUCCUUGUUAAUUUCAUAAAAGAUCAACUUCAAAGCGAACUCGUCGCACUGUUGUACAAGACGUCAACAAACGAGCACGAAGAUUUACUUAAUGAAUCUAGUCACAUCGCACAACGACGGAAAGAUGCACAAGAAAUGCUUGAAGCAUUACACAAAGCCAAUCAAAUCAUAUCCGAAGUGCGCGAAGCUCAUUUGUGGUGA